UGCUUGCAGUGUUUGAAUAACUGUAUUAAAUGUGAACCAACUGCAGCAGAGGAGAUGGUUAGAUUCAGUUGAACGUUGACCUCUUUUUUCUCUGUAUUUCACAACAGUCAUAUUGUCAGAGCUCAGCUGGAUUCUCCCUGACUUCACGGCUGAAUUAAGGAAAAGGGAACACACUGUUUUUGUUGUUGCAGACAGGAAGUAAAUUCACUUGAGGCAGGAAUGAAGAGAGCGGUGAUAUUUCUGAUCACUGUCUACGCCUCAGUGCCUGUCAUCAUCUACCUGUUCCCCUGGAUAGUGGGACAUGUCGUAUAUUCCCACUUGAUAAGGUUUCCAUUCUUUGUGGAUCUCAGCAGACCUGAAGACGUGCUGAACCACACAUGCAACUUCUACCUCGACACGGAGGAGGGGGUCUCAGUGGGCGUCUGGCACACGCUCCCUGCCAGCCAAUGGGAGGAGGCCGCAGGGAGAAGCCCUGAGUGGUACUGGGAAACUCUGGGAGACGGCCAUCCUGUUAUUAUCUAUCUCCAUGGCAACACAGGGACCAGGGCCAUAAAUCACAGAGUGGAGCUGGUGAAGAUUUUAAGUGCUGCAGGGUACCAUGUCGUCUCUUUUGACUACAGAGGUUUUGGAGACUCUACUGGGGAGCCAAGUGAAGCUGGACUGACCACUGACGCCCUCCAUGUUUUCCACUGGGUAAAGAAACGCAGCAGCGGAGGUCCUGUCUAUCUGUGGGGACACUCGCUCGGAUCUGGGGUGGCAACAAAUACUGCAGUGAAAUUACAAGAGGAAGGGUCUGUUGUUGAUGCUUUGAUCCUUGAAGGAGCAUUCACAAGAUUAGGAGAAGUCGCAACCAACCAUCCGCUCACAAAGAUGUACAUGUUCCUUCCGGGAUUCGAGAGUUUGCUGUGGAACAUAUUGGAUAUGAACAACAUUGUGUUUGAUAACAAUAAAAAUUUAAAGGUCUUGACCAGCCCACUUCUUCUCCUGCAUGCAGAGGACGACCACAUUGUUCCCUAUCACAUGGGUGUGAAGCUGCAUGAGAUAUCACUCCAGGCUAAGAAAGAAUAUAACAGAGAUGUUCAGGUUGAAAUGAUCUCCUACAGUGCAAACCUUGGAUAUCGCCAUGACGAGAUCUACUUAGAUCCCAAUCUGACGAAUGUAGUUGGGAAAUUUCUACAAAAUCUGAGGCCUUAGAUCGGCUCUUCCUCCUUCAAAAAGGACCAAUAAAUCCCAACAAAAAGAUUUAUUUUUGUCACAAAACAAAAGCACUAAUUCUACAUGUUAUAUUAUACAGUAGGUUUGUAUUUCAACACUGGGACAAAAUACCGUAAAUCACAAAUGAAGUAGAUUCAUAUAUUUCCUCAGCAAAGCUACACUGAAACAGACACAAACAAAUCGUCUGACUUCAGUACAGACAGGCAUUGUCACUCAGUGCAUACAGCAUUAAGUCGCAAGAAUGUGAUCAAAAAUUCGGUGAAGUCAGCUGCUCUGUUACUAGCAUCCCACUGAAUUCCCGACAUGCAGAAGCCCCCACCAAUCCUGAACUCCAGGAAUGCCAAAAGUGAAGAAAUUAUUUGACCUUCCUCGACACUGACUCUUGAUAUUCUGUAUAUAUUGACGCUGAAAGACUGUAACAGACAAUUUUUUGAAUUCAAGUGUGUGACUCAGGUGCUGUGACAAUAAAAAGUGAUCAGAAAAUG